UAAGUCAAUUGGGAUCCGAUAAGCUGCGGAUGACUCCUCAGACAUGUUCUGCUUUUUCUAAGGCCUUCCUUCCCCGGGGUAAGCAGCUCGAGUUCAGCCCAUCGCAGCACUUGGUUCGCAUGGAUCCCUCCCUAGGCCCAUGGGUAGGGUCCCAAUUUUACCGGUACCUUGUUCGGCCCCACCGUGGCUAUCCUUCAUUUCGGUAUCCUCUGGAAGGCAGAGACGUCGCUAUCUAAACCAUCGUGCUGCAUUCUGGGCGUUUACUCUCGACUGCCUACCUAGGGUACCCAACCUACAUAGGUGUCUAUUGACGUUGGUAUGUACCUACCAUAUACAGAGCAUCCCACUUGGUGUGACUGCCAAGAGAAUUUCACGCAAGACAGACAGACAACACCGCUACGAACAUGCACGCAUCUUCAAUCUUCGGCGCAUCUGCACAGACCUCGCUCGCGCGUCCAUACUUGCCCACGAACUCGUCGCCCAGCACCAACUGGAUUGGCGACCUCUGAGGUGCAACGAAGAAGACAUCCUCGAGACUGUUCUUCUUCCUUCCAUACCACGUUACCCGAGCGCGUUUCGCACAUGUGAAUGUCUUGCCGUGCAUGUCUUGGAAGGAUCUCGGCUUGCAGUCCUCCACCAGGGAGUUGAGUUUACAGCUCCUGAUCACGUUGGGGUGGAUCCAAUUGACUGGCGUCCCUGUGUCCUCUUUCACUCUCACGUCGUAUUCCCUUAUUCCUCGCUUGCUACUAACAAGAAUGACCGCCCACCACUCAGCGUUGCCGUCACCACGUGUCUGACUAGUGCUCUCAGAACUAUUGGUAUCCGCCUUAGACAUAUUGGUUCGACUCGAGAGAUUUUACGCAGUUAUCACAGCCGUCCGUGUAGUCAAAAGAUUUUAUUGCGCCAGGAUAGUAGACACGAAAGCCAAUACGAGAUGGGCUUGUUACCUUUAUCCCCUCCAAGGUGUUCUCAAAUAUGGCUAUGCUGCCUGGCUGAGGCAUACUUGAGGCUCUGAUGCCUCGUGCGGCUGCAAAUCAUGCAUUUGCGUGUGGCGCUUUCUUGGGUUGGGAGGGUGCAAACGGCAUCUAAAUGGCUGCAUUGUACAUGACGGGUUGCAUUUUAUGCAAGUCAUAUGUUAAAGACUCAAUGACAGGUAGCCUCCGUAUUGGUGCCCAGAAUACUCCCCAGAUUAUGGUAGGCUAUGUCUCU